CAACCAGAAAUCCUGGAUCUGCCCCUGUGUUAUCUCAUACCGACAAUAAAUAAAUUUUAAUUUGAUUUGAUUUGAAUUUGAGAUAGGAUGCAUUCGCCAAGACUGUUCCUGCUUAUAUCUGGCUUAAUUUCUCUCGCGAUAGCGACUGGGCCAGUUCGCUCUAACUGUUGUCAUUGCGACGAUCUGUCACCCGACCCUGCGAGGCAUUGCUCUGCAAAAGACGUCUGUAAACCUUUAAACUUUGAUUUUUAUUGUGAGAUCAGGCGUUUGUACAUCAACGGGGAGUGGAAAGUGACCCGCGGCAAUAACACUGAAGAAGCAUGUCUACGCAACUGGGUCUCCAGCGUUGUUAACCCCGACUGUUCAGCGACGCCCGGGUCCACGGUUGCCAAUGGUACCGCGUGCUACCAGUGUUGCACCUCCCCGGACUCAUCGCAGUAUAACUAUUGCAAUGAGAACCCGGAUGCCCACGUGACGUUUCCAACACCAAGUACCAUACGCACUACAACGCCAGUGACGUCAACUUCGACACCAUUGAAUGAACGAAGUUGCGAAGUGUGUGGCCUGAGCCUCGGCCUUCAAUGUCGCCAAGCUAGCGUCACGCAGUGCGGAGAGAGGGAACCAUAUUGCAUGAACACGGUCAUUUCUGAGGGGGACAACGCCACGUUCUCCGUUCGUAAAACGUGUGCCACUGAGGCCGAGUGUUUCUACGACUCCCACCUGGGCAGUCAGGAUUCCCCCCACUGCUCCACCCUGCCCGGGGCCAUCGCCAACAAAGGGGCGUGUCACUAUUGUUGCAAGUCCUCCGUGGGAGCUAGUGCGUGCAACACCAACACAGUACCGGACGUUUUGGCCAAGUUUGACCAACACGGCAAUCAUGAGAAUCUAUGCGAGGUGGGUAUUACAGAUGGCGGUUUUAAAAACACAAGUUGCCCACCGUCCACGCCUAUGUGCAUGAACACAGUCGUCAGGGCUACUAAUGUAUCGUACACGAAGAAAACUUGUGAGACAAGAACUCUUUGCAACACCGAUUGGUGGGAGAUGACACGCAAGCACCGCCCACAAUGUAUGACGUCAAAUGUAACGUCAAUCCCAGUGACAUCAGAGGGCCUCGUGUGCCAUUACUGCUGCGAAUCAAAGAAUUUCCAUCCUUGCAACAAUGACACUGUACCGAGCGAUGUGGUCGAGUAUAUCAAUCUGACAAAACCUAUUGAUGGCGGGUGGUCUGCGUGGACCCAGUGGACGAGUUGCACAGCCCUGUGUAAAGGCAACCGUGUUCGAACACGCUCAUGCACCAACCCGCCCCCUAGCAACGGUGGAGCGACGUGCUUGGGCGAGAAAAUAGAGGACGAGACAUGCGGGAGCUGCCCUGAUACCCAUGGUCCGGCCCUUGUUGGAUAAUGACAUUUUAACGUCAAUUGUGUCACGUUACAGUGUUUGAGUCUCAAACGAUAGACGUUUUAAUUGAAAUAAAAGAAAUAAUCGUGUGUUUUUGCCUGUAAUAAAAUAUAUUUAUGUCUGUAUCCAAUCAUGGGGCCAAUAAAUGAAAUUUAAAUUAAA